AUGGAGAAAGAGAGCAUCAGCCAGGUGGGCAGCGACCAGCGCUCUAGCAACGAUGAAAACAGUGCCGAGAAAGGAUACGUCCAGCAAGUCGACCUUCACAACAAUGUGUCCGCCAAAAUCAAGAACCCACUGGCCGACUUGACCAAAAGCCAAGUCCUACGCGACGUCGAGGAGUUUGCCCAGGAGUUCAACGUGACGGACAUUCUACCAGAACUACAAAAAGGAGCUCUGGUAGCCCGUUCUCCCACUGAGUUCGAGUCAGUACCAGACUUGACCGAGACCGAGCUGACCGCACUGCGUGACGAAACCCUUCACAAGUGGCGCCAGCCCAGGGCCCUCUACUUCACCAUCAUUCUCUGCUCUGUUGGAGCAGCAGUGCAAGGCUGGGACCAGACUGGCUCUAACGGCGCAAAUCUGUCAUUCCCCGAUGCAUUUGGUAUACCCGAAACAGACAACCCUAACGCCUAUCGAAACCAAUGGAUUGUCGGCGUCGUCAAUGCUGCUCCUUAUAUUGCCAGUGCUGUGCUCGGCUGCUGGCUCUCUGAUCCUUGCAAUCGCAUUCUUGGCCGCCGUGGAACAAUCUUCAUCUCUUCCAUCUUUUGUGUCCUUGCACCCAUUGGCUCAGCAGUAACCCAAACCUGGGAACAACUCUUCGCGACUCGUCUGCUUCUCGGUCUUGGAAUGGGACUGAAGGCGUCAACAAUCCCAAUCUUUUGCGCCGAGAAUACACCAGCUGUUAUCCGCGGCGGUCUAGUGAUGUCCUGGCAGCUCUGGACAGCAUUUGGUAUCUUCCUCGGAUUCAGCGCAAACCUUGCGGUUAAAGAUACAGGUGCUCUCUCAUGGCGUCUGCAGCUGGGCUCGGCCUUUAUUCCCGCUAUCCCCCUCCUCAUCGGUGUUUUCUUCUGCCCUGAGUCACCUCGCUGGUAUAUUCGACGUGGCGAAAUGGACAAGGCGUACCGAUCUCUCUGCCGUCUCCGUAAUACACCCCUGCAGGCUGCUCGUGAUCUUUACUACAUCCACGCCCAGAUCAAGAUUGAAAUGGGAUUGAUUGGCGAGAGCAACUAUGUCAAGCGCUUCAUCGAGCUUUUCACUAUUCCCCGUGUUCGCCGUGCAACUCUUGCUUCUUUUACUGUUAUGAUCGCCCAGCAGAUGUGUGGUAUUAACAUUGUGGCCUUUUAUUCAUCCACUGUCUUCUCCAAUGCCGGUGCAAAUGACACCCAGGCUCUCUUUGCUUCCUGGGGCUUCGGCUUGGUCAACUUCUUAUUUGCUUUCCCCGCCAUCUGGACGAUCGACACUUAUGGCCGUCGGACUCUGUUGCUAUUCACCUUCCCGCAGAUGACAUGGACACUGCUUGGUGCUGCAUUUUGCUUCUGGGUCCCCGAUGGAAAGGCCCAUUUGGCGUCUAUUGCGUUCUUCGUUUUCUUGUUUGCUGCAUUUUACUCGCCUGGUGAAGGGCCUGUGCCUUUUACGUAUUCGGCCGAGGUCUUUCCCCUCUCUCAUCGUGAGGUCGGCAUGUCUUGGGCUGUGGCAACCUGUCUAGGAUGGGCAGCUGUGCUAUCUAUCACAUUCCCUCCUAUGCUUAACACAAUGACAGCUACCGGCGCAUUUGGCUUCUAUGCUGGUCUAAAUGUAACUGCUCUCAUCAUGAUCUUCCUCUGGGUCCCCGAGACAAAGCAGCGCACCCUUGAAGAGCUCGAUUACAUCUUUGCCGUUCCUACGCGCGUUCAUAUGAAGUACCAGGUUACCAAGGCGCUUCCUUACUGGUUCAAGCGCUAUAUUUUCCGCAGGAAUGUUGUGCUGGAACCUCUUUAUAAGUUUGAUACCAUUGCCAGUGGUGACGAGGUCAUUAAGGGAGUGCAGACGACUAGUGUCGUAUCUGAACAUGAGAAGUCGUAA